CUAAAAGGUCAACCUACAACACGUCGUGGCAUAUUGUCAACGGUUGCCUCCAUAUAUGAUCCUUUGGGCUUUGUAGCUCCCUAUGUUCUCAAUGGUAAGAGGAUCCUACAAGAAAUGUGUCGCCAGGGUACAGGCUGGGAUGAUCCACUUUCCCUUGCUCUUAGCCCAUGGUGGGAGAAAUGGCAGAAUGACUUUGUCAAUCUGGAAAAGGUGGACAUAUCACGAUGCUAUGUGCCUGCUGAUUUCGGUAAAAUUGUAAAAACGGAAAUACAUCAUUUCUCUGAUGCAAGUACCUGUGGUUAUGGUCAGUGUUCUUAUCUGAGAGUAAUCAAUGAGAAGGAUGAGAUUCAUUGCACUUUCCUCAUUGGCAAAGCCCGGGUUACUCCUGUAAAGAUUACUACAAUUCCAAGGUUAGAGUUGACGGCAGCAGUGGUAUCAGUCAAAAUGAGCAAUAUGCUCAGAGAAGAGCUUGACCUCACCAAUGUCAAUGAAUUCUUUUGGACUGACUCAAAGGUGGUCUUGGGUUACAUCAAUAACGACGCCCGUCGUUUUCAUACGUUUGUAUCCAACAGAGUCCAAAAAAUACGCCAAAGCACAGCACCCAAACAAUGGCUAUACGUCCCAACAGAUAAUAACCCAGCAGACAAUGCUUCAAGAGGAAGAACAAUAAAUGAAUGGCUCUCGUCCAACUGGUUCUCAGGUCCUUCAUUCCUGUGGAAGAAAGAAAUAGAGACCUCAAAUGUUGUACCGGAGCUUCCAAUAGGAGAUCCAGAAGUUAAAAAGAUCCAGACGUUUCAAACAGAAACCACAGAAAGUAAAGAUCUUGUAGACCAUUUGUCAAAGUUCUCAUCUUGGUCUAAUGCUGUCAAAGCUAUUGCACGCCUUGUGAGACGGAUUAAGAAGGAUAAAACUAAUGCGCCAGCUUCUGUAGGUGAACAGGAACAUGCAAAAGGCUUGAUUCUAAAAGGAGUUCAAAAACAAGCAUAUCAGAAAGAAAUGGAUGUCCUGAGUCAAGGAAAACAACUUCCAGGUUAUAAUAAACUUCAUCACCUGGACGCCUUCAUAGACCUUCAUGGUAUGAUCAAGGUGGGAGGAAGACUUAUCCACUCAUCAUGCACUCACUUUUUCAAGCACCCACUGAUCCUUCCUAAAGAUCAUCAUGUAACAAAGUUGAUUAUUGCACACUAUCAUGAAAGUGUAAAGCAUCAAGGAAAGGGUUUCACAAUUAAUGCAAUCAGAUCUUCCGGCUAUUGGAUACCUGGAAUAAACAGAGCUGUCACAUCUUACAUUCGCAACUGUGUACCUUGUAGAAGGUUGAGAAAACCUGUGGAGGCCAGCGGAUGAGUGAUCUUCCCACAGAACGUGUAGAGCCUUCCCCACCGUUUGUGUAUUGUGGUAUGGAUUGCUUUGGUCCAUUCAUGACUAAAGAAGGAAGAAAACAGCACAAAAGGUAUGGUCUGCUUCUAACUUGCUUUUGUUCAAGAGCCAUUCAUAUAGAAAUGUUAGAAGAUAUGUCCACAGAUGCUUUCAUCAACAGUUUGCGAUGCUUUAUUGCAAUUCGAGGCACAGUACGGCAGAUCAGAUGUGACCAAGGUACCAAUUUCGUUGGCGCAAAAAACGAACUGAACUCAGCAUUACAGCAGCUUGACCCAGAAAGGCUCACCGCUUUCCUUGCAGAUAAACAGUGUGAUUUUGUAAUGAAUCCCCCUCAUUCCAGUCAUGCAGGUGGUGUAUGGGAGCGUCAAAUCAAAACUGUACGGAGUGUUCUUAAUGCUACAGUUUCCCUCUCAUCAGGCAGGCUUAACGAUGCUUCACUGCGCACUUUAUUUUAUGAAGCCAUGGCGAUAGUCAACAGUCGCCCCCUUACAGUGGAUAACCUGAACGACCCCAAGAGCUUAGAACCACUCACACCUAACCAUCUGAUUACCAUGAAAGCCACCACGGUCCUACCACCACCAGGAAAGUUCAUAAGAGAAGACAUCUACGGGAGAAAGAGAUGGAGACAGGUGCAGUACCUUACUGAACAGUUUUGGAGUAGAUGGAAAAAAGAGUAUCUCCACAACAUUAUGGCUAGACAAUGCUGGCAUGCUCCAAAAAGGAAUUUGCAGAUUGGUGAUGUGGUCAUGGAUACAGAUGAGAACCUUCCAAGAAAUGAGUGGAGACUAGGACGGGUCAUAGACACUGUAACUAGCCAAGAUGGACUAGUAAGGAAAGUCACAAUAGCACUCAGUGACAAAAAACUAAACAAAAAAGGAGAACGGGUAAACAAGGUCUCAGUCGUAGAGAGACCAGCUCAGAAGUUGGUCUUAUUAUUGGAAGCGGAGUGAACAAAUCAAGUUAAAAUUACUUAUGUUUGAAAAUUAUGCAUGUCAAAAUAACAUUUAUAAUUUGGUGGGAGUGUAACAGACUUUCUGUGAGUUUAAAUGGGUUUAAGAAAUGCAUUAUCUGUCUUACUAAAGAGGGACUUUUAUUUUGACGGGUGUUGUAGUCUACAGGGAAGGGAAGGGAGAGCACGCAGUUCAAGUUCAUCAGAGUUGUGUCGCAGAUAACGUUUGCAACUUUAAGCACCCCCCCGAAAAUGCAUAAGGUCUGUAUAUAUUUGAUAACUGUUUGUUGUAAUGACUGUUUUGUGUAAUUCACUGUAUGUUAAUGAUAGAGGUUUGAACUAGUCUGUAAUUCGCGCUUCUUGUACUUUGUUGGUUUAGCUCUUACGGUGAUUUUUGGAGUCUUACGGUGAUUUUUGAGUGAAAAAGGACUCAAUAAACUUCAUUAACAUCA